AUGGUGUAUGGUUGUGCGAAUUCCUGCGUCAAAUUCUUAUUCUUCCUUGUGAACCUGCUCAUUUGUAUCUUUGGAGCGCUUAUUUUCGGCUUCUCGCUUUGGGCAAAUCUGGACAAGAACUUCGGAUCACACCUUGCUGAUUUCGUACGUAAAGUGGACGGGGCUGAUCAUACACAUAUUGAUGAAAUCGCUAAGUAUCAAGCUUCGCUAUGGAUUCUAGUAGCUGUUGGUGCACUCCUGUUCUUUGUUGGUUUUCUGGGAUGCUGUGGCGCAGCAUGCGAAAGUCCUAUACUUUUAGGAUUGUUUUUCUUCAUAGUUUUGAUCCUAACGGCUAUUGAACUCGGCGCGACGGUCUUCGCUAUGUCAAACAGAGACAAAUUUGUUGAAGCUGUGCAGAAGGUUAUGGAGUCAUCUUCGCGUACGGAAGAGAUGCGAAAAAGCCUCAAACCAAUCCAGGACCUUUUCAAUUGCUGCGGAGCUACCUUCUCCACCAAACAAGCGUAUAUUGACGAUAAAAUUUGUACGCCCGAGCAGUAUCAAAUGCCUGACUGCUUCGAUCGUAUAUCGCAUAUGAUCGAGUCUUCCGGCGAAGUUAUCGUUGUGAUCGCGUUCAUACUGCUGGCAAUCGAGAUAUGCUCCCUGAUCUUCUCGUGUAUCCUCUGCCGUGCUUCACGUGAAGUCCGUUACGCUGGAUACUACGCGUAA